AUGUCGCACAGCUGCACGAGCUGGGGCUGUUCGGGGCAGCCUUGUCUCGAGCCACAAGACCAGGAGCCGCUGCCCGUCCUGGAGCCACCAAUCGUGGAGCCAGGCCUCACGGCUACACACUUUGAUUUUCGGAUGCUUCCAGGAGAGCUUCGCCUGCGAGUCCUCCAGAACACGCACCUGGGGCCACCAGGAACAGGUGGCUAUGACGCGUGUUUCGAGGAAUUACUUAUACUUGACGGGAGACUGGAUGUCGACAAUUUCAACCUAGUUGGGCAAUUCUCCCUUCCAUGCUCCCAUCGUCGUUCCCUGCACGGCUCCAGCACCCCGCCUUGCCGAUGCCGCAUCCUGCCCAUGGCGCUGUUCCUCGUGGACCGCCAGAUGUACCACGAGGCUUCUGAAGUCUUCUACUCGCACGCCCUUUUCGACUUCUACGGCGACGACUUUGGCGUGACCCUGGCCGUGCUGCGCCUCAUCCCCCCAACGUCCCUGCGGCGCCUUCGGCGCAUCCAGUUCACCAUGACGGUAGCCCAGUGCGACGGCUGGGGUGCCGGCGCGCUCGCCAGCGGGUAUCCCGCCUCGAGCUUCGGCGACAUGUCACGCGUGUACUGGCGCGGCGGCCCGCGCCCGGUGUUUGACUACCAGGCCGGCUGGCGGGCCGUCGUGUCGUAUCUGGCCGAGAACGCGGACCUGCCCCGGCUGCGCAUCAUCGUCGACAUGGCCACCAGCGGGUGGUCCUUUUUCGAGGUCAACGAUCUGCUGCUGUGGGACAGUCUUGACUUUGGGUGGUUCCGGUUCGUCUACGACUUCUAUCUCGGCGUCGCGACAACCCUGUGCUCGCUCAAGACGCUCGGGUCCGUCGAUCUUGUCCUGUACCCCUUUGGGAAGCUGACGCCGUGGCUGGAACGAGAGAUCAUGGGUUGCAGGAACGGGUAUGGGAGCCUCGAGCAACUGGAGCGGCAAUGUUUUGGCCAUCAUAUCCCGUCCUGGCACAGUAUGGAUCUGAGGCUGGAGGGGUCCAACUAUCAUCCAGAUCCAUAG